ACCUUAUUCCAGCGACCAGCCCUCCGUUUGAUGCGAAUACAGGACAAAAAGAAAAAGAAUAGCCGCCGGUUCGGCACGGCUUUUCUCCGAUAUUUUCUGCUUGUAGCUUUACAUUUUGCAGUCAGGGUAAGUUAGGAUGUAACGGGGGUGUUGUCCUGUUUUUCUUAGCUAGGUCGACAGAUUCCUUCAAGCAGCCCGCUGUUUCAAUCACUGCAGGCGGACACUACACUGUUUGAGGCGCUGUUUUAGUGAGCUAGCGGGUUAGCGGUGCAGCAUUCCGGGCUGUGUUUUAACCAAGGCUGGGCUGAUGAUGUUGGAUUAAGUUUGUUGAGACUGCACAAGACAUCAGCUGUCACGGGGUUUUUUGGAUGCCGCGAACGCUGCAGGUUGCAACUCGGAGAGGCUACUCCUGGCUCCCUUCCCCGUGCGUGUGAAACCUCUCGUGAUUUCGCGGUGAACAUCCGGGUGAAGAGUCGCAGCUCUGCUCGGCUGGGGGGACAAACUUGACAGCGAGGCCCCUGGCUCGUCCUCCCCUCCCCCAGCCGCGUCCCGUCUAUCCGUCCCGGUCCAGGCCGACUUCACCCGCAGCCUCCGCGGACCGGAGAGAAGCUGAAACCGCGAGGCUGAAAGUGUCGGUCGGGUCCCGUUUCGAACCGGGCUGCCGAAAACCAGGGGAGGAUGACUCUGGAGUCCAUGAUGGCUUGCUGCCUGAGCGAGGAGGCGAAGGAGUCGAAACGAAUCAAUGCAGAAAUCGACAAACAACUCCGCCGAGACAAGCGAGACUCCAGGAGAGAGCUGAAAUUGCUACUACUCGGUACGGGAGAAAGUGGCAAAAGCACCUUCAUCAAACAAAUGAGGAUCAUUCAUGGUGCUGGUUACUCAGAUGAAGAUAAGAGGGGCUUCAUUCGUCUUGUUUACCAAAACAUCUUCACCUCCAUGCAGGCCAUGAUCCGUGCCAUGGAGACCCUCAAGAUCCCGUUCAAAUAUGAACAAAACCGCGCCAAUGCCAUGCUUGUGAAGGAGGUGGAUAUUGAGAAGAUCAAUGGGUUUGACCAGCACUAUGUUGUAGCUAUUAAAAGCCUGUGGGCUGACCCGGGCAUCCAGGAGUCCUACGACCGUCGCAGAGAGUACCAGCUCUCUGACUCAACUAAAUAUUAUCUUAGCGAUAUAGACCGUGUGACUGCAGCGGGCUAUGUUCCCACCCAGCAGGAUGUGCUGAGGGUUCGUGUUCCCACCACGGGUAUAAUAGAGUACCCGUUUGACCUGGAGAACGUCAUCUUCAGGAUGGUGGAUGUCGGAGGUCAGAGGUCAGAGAGGAGGAAGUGGAUUCAUUGCUUUGAGAAUGUCACUUCCAUUAUGUUCCUCGUGGCCCUGAGUGAGUAUGACCAGGUCCUGGUGGAGUCCGACAACGAGAACCGUAUGGAGGAGAGCAAGGCUCUGUUCAGGACUAUCAUCACUUACCCCUGGUUUCAAAACUCCUCCGUCAUCCUCUUCCUCAACAAGAAGGACUUGUUAGAGGAGAAGAUCUCCUACUCGCACCUGGUGGAUUAUUUCCCUGAAUUCGAUGGUCCUCAGAGGGAUGCUCAGGCAGCGCGGGAGUUCAUCCUCAAAAUGUUUGUGGACUUGAACCCAGACAGCGACAAGAUCAUCUACUCCCACUUCACUUGUGCCACGGACACUGAGAACAUCCGCUUCGUGUUUGCUGCUGUCAAAGACACCAUCCUGCAGCUCAAUCUCAAAGAGUACAACUUGGUGUGAGGGCUCCCCGAGGCGCCAUGCACAUCCUCCUCCUCCAUUGCACAAAAGGGGCACCCGCUCUGUAGGACGGUGCCGUCAACUCCACACGCAUCCCGCAGCACACUACUCCGGCUCUCACACACAGACACACACAAACACAACUGUUGCUGUUUUUCUUUUUUGUUUUUCCCCCUCCACUUCAGUGUAUUUACAGAUCCUCCUUCAGUCAAACGUUGCCCCUCUUCAACCAAAGCCUCUCUCCCUCCUAAUUCUUCUCUCGGCAGCUUGUUGUGUCACAGUCCUCAGCUCACAAAGCUGCUCCUCCUGUCAGAUUUGGCCCCGGCUGUUGGCUCUGGCACAUUUCAUCUGGCAAACAAACCUUUCCCCACUCGGCUAAACAGAGACUGGAAGUGUUUCUGUGGCAUUUGCAUCUGUUCGGGGGCAGCUUUUACUGGCGAGAAAUCAAAUUUUGGUAAAUAAUCAAAUCCCUACCCCACCUGGCCCCACAGAACUGACCAACCCUUUCUCCGCCGUCUCCUUUCCCACUAACGCAGAAGGAACUUUUAUCAUCCGAGGACCAUCGGUGCUGAAAACGAGAUGCUUCUGAGCGACCCGGCCAGGAUGUGAGGUCGCACACACCAAAUUCCUAAACGGACAAAGCUGAGGGUUUAGUUUCCUCCUCACACCUAUGAAUGUACCCCCGAUGUGAGCAUCCCAGUCACAAAAAAACACAAGUGUAUAUUAUGAAGUAAGCACUUAAAGGGGGAAUGAGAAAUAGUGUAGAAAAAUCAGUUUGUUGAGAUUUUUUAACCAGAUUUUUAUGGAUAAAAAUUUGUUCCAACGUGUAAUUAAACAAACUGGCUAAAGGAAGAGGAUCAGAAAUAGAAAAAUAAUAGAAAAAUCAGCUAAAUGAAACAGGGGGAAAAAAAGAAGCAACUGUAAAAUUGACAUGUAAUCUUUAAGAUAUUAAUUUUUUUAUGUUAAUCCCAUGCUUCCCUCCUCCAGAUGUUUCCUGUACAGGUUUACAGGGACAAUCUUCCACAGCAACAUCUGUUUACACUGACACAGUUGUUGAGUACACACGACACUCUUUAGUGGGUAAGAAGGCCCAGCUUUUAGACCAUUUGCACUCUCGAUUGGGGGAAGCGGAGGAGAGUGCGACGCUGUCAGAACGACGAGGGAGAGGGCGACGGGAAAUUUGGCCCCGCCCACUCUGAAAUCUCUGAGUCGCACUCGGCGUCACUCGGCCGUUUCUAAUCAGACUCACUUCCUGAUGUGACGUCGUCAUCCAUUACGUCAGGACGUGCUUCUAUUGUUUUUUUUUUUCUUCUUUCAUGUAGUCACUUUGCUUAUUAACAAAAGAUUGAGCGCUGUUGUGAAAUGAGAAGAAGGUGGGGGGUGGGGGUUACGAGCCUUUCACACUAAACACUCUAAAGUCUGCAUAUGUUUAUUUGUAAAUAUAUAAACAAAAAACACUCGUGUACAAAAGUGCUCUGUGGUACACCAUCUUUGGUUUAAAAUACAACAAAAAAUAACUUUAUAGCAUACAGUUUUCUCCUAUGAAUUUAUGGUAGUAUUGAUACUGUGAUUAUGGAUUUUGUUGACUUGAUUAUUAGGGUUACACCGAAGCGAGUGGUGCAGAGGAAGCAAAGGGGUGACUGGCGGGGAGAAAAACACGUUCCUGUACGCCUCAGAGCGCCGCACUACUGCAACAAGCUCUGCUUCCAAAGUGAAAAUGAACCACAGCUGGUUCGAGAAAAAAAAAAAAACUUCACAGUGAGCUGAUCUUAAAAGUAAAUAAAUGAUUUUUCUCUCUUUAAUUUAUAUAAUUUAUGGACCAGGAUGAAAGUGUUGAUAAAUCGACUGCUUGUGAUUCUGUCAUGUUGAAGGGCGCCUUUUGACAUGACAGAGCUUACUUGAGUCUGAACUGCUGUAAAAACAAAAAAAAAAAUCGAAACAAAACACAAAAAAAAAUGAAUGUCCGGUAUAGUAAGAACUUUAUCUCUGCUUUCUAUUUCUUAUAGACAUUUCCAGUUGUACUUGCCAUCAUAUUUUCAUCCAUAUUUGUUUUCCUUAGGAGUCCUUGAACUUUUUUCUUUUUCUAAAUAAUAUUUUUCUUGUCGGGUUAUAGAUGCAGCGCUGUAUUACUUACCUAGAAAAAAAAUGUACAGUACAAACAUAGGUGGACAUUUUUUUUUUUAAUCAGUGAUUGAAGACCUUUUGGUCCAUGCUUGCGAUUUGUAACUAAACACACAAAAAAGUUAAAUUUCCAAUUUUGGAUGCUUGCUUUGAAUAGUGCCAGUGAAGUGCAGAUAUCUUUUUUUUUUUUUCUUUUUGGGUCUCAUACAUGAAUAUUUUUUACAGGUAAUUUACCCUUCAUCCUCAUUAAGGGCUAUCACAGUGCAUCCGACAGUGGGGAGUGGAGUACAGGACCACCGUGAACCAAGUCAUCCACUGCUAAUACUUGUUUCUAAAGAGAUUAUUUACAGUUUGUGCUUUUAACGUUUAGGGCAGGGUAUUAGGACACAUGUAAGGUGUGUAAGUAGAGCGAGUUUACCAACACUAAAGACAUUUUCUUUAAGUAUUUCUUCAAUACAUUAUCCAAUAUUCACUACGUUUUUUUUAAUUUUGUUAUUUGCAUCCGUAUCACAGUAUUGCCUGUAAUUUUUCAUGCAGUGUAGAAAACACUUUAUCAGUAAAGACACUACUACCAAGACGAGUAUUGCAUGACUCCCCAAGUAUUUGAGUUGUAGCUAAUAGCCAAGAAAUAUUUUUAGAAUCAUACUGGUGUUCAUUUUUGCAUAUUUGAACCUAAUGUACAUCCCUGCUUUUGUGGCACUGGGAAACAUGCAUGGAGUAGGAACUUUAAUAUUUUGUAAACAUAUUAAUGCCCCCUUUUUUUAUUUUUUAAAUAAAUUGAUAACGGCUUGUUUUAUUUUCGUGUUUGAUCACAUAUGUAGGAGGACAAAAUUGCCCCCAUUAUUAGAAUCAGACCCCAAAAAUUAAGAUGAUAAAAGCUAAAUUCCUAAAAUUCAAAAUAGGGCUUUGUAAUGAAGAAUUAAUCUGUUGUAGAUAUCUUUUUGAACAACCUCAGAAUGGAGUUUGAUGAGCUGACAGCAACCUAAGACCAAAGUGGUUGCUUCAACCUUAAAGCGUUCAGUUUGAACACAAUUCACAGUGAAUUACACAAGCAGUAUUUCAUAAAAAUCGACAUGAUCAGCGUUUCCUUGCACCAUUAUUUGCAGAGAACUUUAUGGUUAUUUGGGAGCGUAACGGGUGCUAUCAGCAGGGAUUUUUAAAUAUUCCAAGUUUAGCUAAAAUGGUUGGAUUUGAAGACUUAAUGCAACCAUCACAACUUUUUUUUGUUUCUCUUCCUGGCACAUAAUACUGACAUGCUAAGUUCUCUUCUUUUAAACACUCGCCACCCACCCUCCCUUCAUAAAAUAAAGAAGCCACCGUACUUUAUUUUGAAAAGAUCAAAAAGAGAAAACUAUGCUCACAGGUGAGCACAGCAAUUGAUUUAUUAGACUGGCGAAAAUGAGGAAUUUGAAGGUCAGAUUUAGCAGCAUUACAUGUUCUUGUAACUAAAACAUCUGAGUCAUUAAAUGGUUUUCAACUGCAGGACUUGCAGUGAACACAUAUGAAUUCACCGCAAGUCCCAACAACGUGUGAAAUUUUCUACUGUAAUAGUGGUGUAACGCAGCAUUAAAGCCGUUAGCAUGAACUGUUGAAAAAUAUUUGAGAUUAAAGUAGUUUGAAGCCAGCAGAGACCCUAUUUGGUCUGGGACGACUCAGAUUAGCAUUUAACGUGGAUUUUGUCAGAAUCAGACUCUUAUUUCUCUAAACUAGUCGCCCAAAGAGCCAUCUACAAGUAAAAUAUGACUCAUCUUUCCACAGAACCUAAAACUUCAUAAGAUCUGAAGUAUCUCCUUUAUGCCAGUUUAAACUAACUGGGUUAAAAUGUAUAAAAUAGCACCAGUAUGAUGUUAAUGCUAUCUAGUCUGCUCAAAGUGACUGUAACCACGUUCUGAUGACUGACUGCAGCUGUGAGCAGGAUGCCAGUAUGCACACACACACCUCAGUGUUUGAUCAGCAGCUGUGUUUGUUUUCAUGGUGUUUCACCGACUUGACUCGACGACUCUGGCACAGGGUGAAAGGCUGGGUGGCCGUCAGUGUGAGCAUGUUGUGUGUUCGCAGUCCAGUGUUGUGUGGUGGUGUUUUACCUCAACGUAAACGAGAUGGAAAGGAGGAAUAAACAGUUUAGGCUCCUCUCCUUAUCUGUGUUUUGCAGCAUUAACAAGUGAAAUGUUUUGUUUUGUUUUUCACUACACUGAUUUAUUUGUUACCUCAAAGUAAGAUAAGGUUUUGGGAUGAUAUUCUUUGACCUUCAGGUGGUCGGAUUUAUUUUGUCCCCCUUUUCAUUGCUAAAUUAAUUAGAAUCAAACUUAUUUCUUGGACAUCAGUAUGGAGUUGUUGGACGCUCAGCUUAUUUUUUUUUCUUUCCUUCUUUUCUUUCUUGUAUUAAAACAUCACCACUUGAUUUAUUUGUCCUCACUUUAAUGAAACCAGAAAGUCAAUCACAUAGUGAUGUCUAUAAAGUGUUAUUUUUCUCUUUUAUUUUUUAUGUAAACCAAAAUGUAAACUAUGUAUUAUAUACUGAGUGUGCCAACCCUUCCCCAGGCUCUCUCUAAGUGCCAAUGUUGUGGUCACUAUCAGACAGACCACCAUCUGAGAAGCCCCCUCCUUUUUAAAACUCACCUGACACUAAAAGCAUAGAUGAUUUAGUUCACUCAGCGACUUUAUUCUGUAUUUAAGAUUGAAGAUUUUAAAGAUAAUUUGCUGUUUGUUUUUUAAGAAACUGUAAUAACUGCAUGUGAUGUUUUAUGUUGAGGGCUUGGAUGUUUCCACUGAAGUAUAGAGCCCUUCAUGAAGGGGUUUCAGUCAGUUUGUUGUUAUGGAUUUACCUAAGUCUUGCCAUAUUUUUUAAGUGUUUCAUGGAUUUGUUUCAGCCACUGUUGCCUGAUCCUCAUUCAAACAUGAACAUGACUUAUGAUCAUUGCCGCCUUCUAAGAGAGAAACAUAAUGACAAGGUAUCUGUUUUAAAUUGAAAUAAAUUUGUUCCUAUACUUGC